AUGGCUCCCCCCUCUGCAACAAAUACGCACACUCCCGUCAACACCGGCGCCGCCUUCCAUACAACCUCACACUCCGAAGUCUCAGCCAUAACGCAUGAACCUGGAUUUUCCAAAGAACAAGCACAAGCACGAGCUCCAGGCAUGAAAUUACCCUCCCGAACACCUUUUGAAGAUAGAUAUGAAGAGAGAGACUAUCAAAAGGGGAGGUUAGCGUUAGCGUUUAGGAUUUUUGCAAAGUUGGGGUAUGCUGAGGGGGUUGCGGGACAUAUUACUUUGAGGGAUCCCGUUGAACCAACUUGUUUUUGGGUUAAUCCAUUUGGAGUAGCAUGGCCACUUCUUCGAGCUUCAGAUUUAAUCCUCGUUAAUAAGGAAGGAGAAGUGGUUGAAGGUGGUCCAUGUCGAUUACUCAAUACAGCUGCCUACAUGAUCCACCAUGCCGUUCACACCGCUCGCCCCGAAAUAAAUGCAGUAGCACACUCCCACUCCAUCUACGGGCGCGCCUUUUGUUCGCUCGGCCGCCCCCUCGAAACCAUAACUCAAGAUGCAUGUGCCUUCCACAGCGAUCUCGCACUAUACUCAUCAUUCCGAGGCGUUGUUCUCGCCUCUGAUGAAGGAGAGGCCAUUGCGUCUGCUCUCGGCUCUAAGAAAGCCGCUUUACUUCAAAACCACGGGUUACUAACUUGUGGAGAGACUAUCGAGAGUGCGGUAUUUUGGUUUACGAGUUUGGAGAAAUGUUGUCAUGCCCAGUUACUUGCUGAUGCAGCGGCGGGAGGGAGAGGGGUAGAGACGAUAAAGAUUGCGGAUGAGGAUGCGGCUUAUACUUAUGAGACGGUGGGGACAGAGAAGGCGGGGCAUUUUUCUUGUAAGCCGGCUUUUGAUAUGAUGGAGCAUGAGAGUGGAACGGAUUAUAAGUGGUGA